UGAUGGGUGUGAGCAUGUAUCCGAUGAUCCUCAGCAUUACACAUUACUUUUUGUAAUAGUUUCUGAUAGAACUGAGAAGAGGAACUACAUAUUGAUGAAGAAUCACGCUCGUGUUCCCGGUGCGUCUGAGUGAGAGCGCGCGCGGCUGAGCAGAGGCGUUUAAAAAGGCGUGUGUGCGAACAAACCGAACAUUAGGAUCUGGAUUCGAUCGGGAGUCAAGCGGAUGGUGAACUUUCUCCAGACGAACCUGAUGGAUCACUGAAGGAAUAGUGUCAGUUGGCACGUGCCGACCUCCGGAAGCUAGUAUUUGCACGUAAUGACGAGAAUGUAAAUCAAUCAUUUCCCAGAUGGAGAACGCUUCCUCAUCAUCCUCCGUUCUCCCUUCCUGCACCUACAAUGAAGAUUUUAAGCGCAUCCUCCUCCCUGUGGUGUACAGUGUUGUCUUCGUCCUAGGCUUGCCACUCAAUUUUGCUGUCAUUCUGCAGUUGUUUGGAAAAAGACGUUCCCUGACUCGGACCAACAUCUACACGCUGAACCUGGCCGCAGCCGACUUCCUGUAUGUGUGCUCUCUCCCUCUGCUCAUCUACAACUACGGCAGUCGAGACUACUGGCCCUUUGGAGAGUUGAUGUGCCGAUGGGUACGUUUCCAGUUCUACAGCAAUCUGCACAGCAGCAUCCUUUUUCUCACCUGCAUCAGCGUCCAGCGCUAUCUGGGCAUCUGCCAUCCGCUGUCCCCGUGGCUCAGAAAAGCGGGACGUAAGCUGGCGUGGGCUGUUUGCGCCAGUGUUUGGGUCAUUGUAGCACUUCUAUGUGCACCUACAUUUGAAUUUGCAGCCAUGGGCAUCCAGAGAAACCGUACCGUGUGCUACGAGCUGAGUGUGCCUGAGCGCUCGCAGCAGUACUACCCAUACGGCAUGGCCCUUACCUGCCUGGGCUUCCUGUUACCCUUUAUGGUCAUUGUGGUGUUGUACUGCAGGAUGGCACGGGCUCUGUGCCAACCGGGCAACGCCAGUGGUGAAGCAACCAAGGAAAAGAAGUGCAAAGCUGUGAGGAUGAUCGCCAUUGUGGUGCUGGUGUUUGCCCUCAGCUUCCUGCCGUUCCACGUGACCAAAACUAUGUAUUUGCUAGUGAGGACCUUGCCUGAUGCUCCAUGCCAGCUCCGGAACUUUUUAUCGGUGGUGUAUAAGAGUACGAGACCCUUUGCCAGCAUGAACAGCGUGCUUGAUCCCAUCCUGUUCUACUUCACACAGCCCAAAUUUAGACGUGGCACACGCAACCUGCUGCUCAGGAUCUCUACAUUUAGAGACAGCAAACCAAAAGAAAGAACACAAGAUCUAUUAAACAAAAAAUCAUGAAGGGUAUGAAAUAUAAAAGCAUGUUCCCACCAAGGUUCAUUACCUACUGAGAUAGAGUUCCAGAACUAUCCUAAGUGAGAACGUCUUCAUUCCUGACCGUAAUUAAAUAAAUGACGUAAACAGUAUAAUGACAUUUCACCACACAGCAAAAUUAAAAUAAAACAAUGUACAUGAAUUAUGAGUAAAGUACAGAAAUUAACAAUGCAUUUAAAAUGGAAAAAACCCUACAUAUUCUUUCCUUCACUAACACUAAAAUAUACAUAAUGACUCUGCAAGUUUCUGUAAUGUUUGCCAUCUCCCUUAAGUUUGCUGCCACAACUGUAUUAUUAAUUAAUAAUUAUUAUCAUAAUUAAUCACAUUUUCCAUGAAGUCAACAUAACAUCUCAAUCUCCAUUAAUCACAAUUCUAGCCAUGUUCUAAUAAGUCCAAAGUCCACAGAUACUCACACACAAACAUUCUCUAUGAUCACAAAAUCAUGAGGACAGAAUAUAAAGGUUUAAAUGUCUAAAUCUAUUUUCAUAAUCUUAUGUGUGGAGUACACAGUUUCCUGUGAAACAGGAAAGUCCUUCAUCGGCUGUGCCCGAUGCUUCCUGGGAU